AAAUGGGUGCUUGCACCGUCUUUCCUUGAAGAGACGCUGCGUGAAGGUCGCAUCGUCCCUGAAGAAGCACAUGAGUGGUGCCCGGAGAUUGCCAUAGCUGCGUUGCUUCGAAACUCCGUGGUGGAUCUUGUUCGAGCGUGUAGCUUGCAGAGGAAACGGACUGUGCGCUCGUUCUCCUCGUGGCGAGUUGCUCUCUGUUGCGCAACGGAGUCGCGGACGGAGAGUUUUUCUCGUGUCCUACGGAGCGGUGGCUGCCGCGUAAUACGCCCAUACUCCCCUCCCCAGAUUUUGAACACGCUGAAGAGCGAUUUUGAGGAGCUGAGGGACCUGUGUUUUGUUCUCUCGGACGACAACGUGUGGGAGGCAUCACAACUAGACAUACUCGCCGUACAUUUGCCGGUUCUCAGGAUGGAAUAUGUUGCCCACUGCUUGUGUGUGGAGGUACCGGAGCCUGAUCUGUAUCUUGUCCAGGGCGACAGUGGACACUUGCGCAAGCGGUUAAAAGUUGUGUGA